GUCUCCAAUUCGCUUCCGACGCCUGGCGCUUGUUCCUGCUGAAUUGAAUUUGUGUUCAUCACAACAAGGUCGAUUUCGACCCUGAUGCAUACAUAAUCUGUAGCUUUUUGGCUGGGAGCUUCACCUUUCCAUCCUUGUGUUCGUGAUGAAAACAUUCUCGAAUGAACCAUGGAUUGGCGCACCCAAGAUUGUUAUCGGGAUUGACGUUGGCACCAGUUAUUCUGGGGUAUCAUUUGCAUAUCUCUAUCCGGGAGGCUCGAAAACGGUGACCAGGGUCCAACAAUGGCCAGGACAAGAAUCCCAACGAAGUGAGAGCAAAAUCCCUACAUUGAUAUGGUAUAAUGGCGAGCAGGCAAUGGCAUUUGGUGCCAGCGUGUUGGACCCUGCAACACGCAUGAGAGCAGCGGACGAGGAAUGGCAACUGGCAAGAGACUUUAAAAUCCAUCUGCAUCCAAAGAACUUGAAAGAUGCUUUCAACCUUGAGUUGACUCCAUUACCCGAUAAAGUCUCACUGCAAGCCGUCUAUCGCGAUUUUUUGGCCUACCUUCUGCAACAUACCCGACGUUACUUCAGCGAGCGCAUCAUUGAGGGAAAUCGCAUAUGGAACACUCAUUUUGGUUCCGCGGAGAUCGUUAUUGCCCAUCCCAAUGGAUGGGGAUUGAAAGAACAAGACUUCCUUCGUAAAGCAGCUAUUGGCGCUGGAUUGGUGACCAAGCAGGGCGCUCCAGAACGGGUUACCUUCGUGAGUGAGGGUGAAGCAAGUGUGCACUUUUGCCUGUUCUACGCGGAGUUGGGGUCGCAAUUGAAUGUCGAAACGAACUUCAUGGUGUGCGAUGUUGGUGGUUCGACUGUCGACGCUACUACAUAUACCGUGACCAGCAAAACGCCAAAACUUGAACUCAAGGAACUCAAGCCGUCGGCCUGCGUUCAAAUAGGAGGUGUCCAUGUGGACGCAGCUUUUGAAAAGUAUCUGCGCAACACUCUCAAGAAAUCUAGUCUUGCUGGGGAUGAUCUCGAUGAAUUUAUUGAUGAGGGUAUCAAUGACUUCGAGGCCCGGGCCAAAAGGGCCUUCAGGGACCCAGAGCAGACCUCCUUGGUGUUUAUCGGAACGCCCCACAAGUUCGCAAGCAGUAUUGGGAUCUCAGGAUCAAGGUUCGCUCUAAAGGGGAGGGUGACCCAACACUUUUUCCAGCCGGUUUUAGAAGAGAUUCUUGUUACUAUACGCGACCAACUGUCGGGGUUGGAUGUGAAGACCGUCUUACUUGUAGGAGGCUUUGGCGACAGUCCGUAUAUCCGGGAUGCCCUCCGGGCUUCAUUAUAUCCUGACCACAUCGACGUUGUCUCUGCAAACGAUCUCACGUCCAAAGCUGUCUCAGAUGGAGCGGUAAUGUUCCACGUUACGAACAUGGUCGUUGCCCGGGCGGCACGGUUCACUUACGGAAUUUCUAUAUCGGAACGGUUCGCAGCUGGUAACCCGCAUCAUGCAGGGAGGCCGAUUAAACAUGAUUUGGAUGGCGAAUGGGUGAUGAACAAGUGGUUCCCCCUUGGGGAUAUAUUACCGCAUGGGCAGAGUGCAAUAAUUCACGGAGAUCAAGUCUUUGACACUGCCAAAGCAGGCUUGAGCAAGUGGUCUCAGGUUAUCUAUGCUUGGACAAAUGUGGAUGAUCCAGAGCCGUAUUGGGUCAGCGACCCUUCGGGGAAUCUACUGCCAGGAUUUGAGCGAGUUUGCAUGGUGACCGCAGACCUGACCCCUGCUGCAGGAGCAAUCACAGAAGUCAAGCCUGAAUCAGAGGAUGCCAAACCCCAUUGGAAGGUUGAACACAGUAUUUCCAUUCAAUUUGGAGGACCCGAGUUGCAAGCUUUUUUGGAAUGGACAGGAGCUGAUGACAAAAUUAUUCGGACCCAGCCGUCAUCAUUCCGCACUCACUUGUGUGAUGCAUUGACUACAGUCUACUACAAAUUGCACGAACGAGAUGAUAAUUAUCCUGGACUGACCAUGCUGGGCUCAAUCGGGCCUCGACAAGAUGUAUUAUAUGUAACACGGAAUCCCCAACGUAUAAGUAAAAUUAUAUGAAGACCAGCGGCGAAGAACGCCCAACAAGUCCGAGCCAA